UAAAUUAGAGUCGGUGAGCUGGGAUAGGCUGGGAGUUCGCUUGGUCCAGACUGCAGGAAAUCCGACGUGGACUAUAAACCCGCAGAAACGGAGAUACAAAUAAACGAAUGACCGUAAAUCCAUGCGGAAAACUUUUAUCAGCUUCUUAGCGCUGCGGGUCUGAACGUUGUCGUGUAUCUGCGUGUAGUCUGAGAUUAUUACAACAUGCCACGGCGGACUGUCCAAGAAGUAACUGUCCAAGACGUGCAAAAGAGAAGAAACCCCAACAAACACUAUGUUUACAUCAUCAAAGUGGCUUGGUCUGAUGGCAGCACUGAGGUCAUUUUCAGACGCUACAGUAAAUUUUUCGACCUUCAGAUGGAGCUUCUGGAUAAGUUCCCGGUGGAAGGUGGGCAGAAGGAUCCAAAACGCAGAAUCAUACCCUUUUUACCAGGAAAGAUUCUCUUCAGAAGAAGUCACAUCAGAGACGUGGCCAUGAAACGUCUGAAGCCCAUCAAUGAGUACUGUAGGGCCCUGAUCCAGCUGCCAGUCUAUAUUUCCCAGUGCGAGGAGGUCCGUGUGUUCUUUGAGACACGUCCUGAAGACCUGAACCCACCAAAAGAGGAACCCAGUGGAAAAAAGAAAUCAGGCAUUGUGGAGCGAGCGUCUUCUUUCCUAAAGAGAGGAGGAGACUCGUCCUCUGCUGACCCGCUGCUGCUGGACCAGUAUGUGGCUGUCACCGACUACGAGAAGCAGGAGAGCUCUGAGAUCAGCCUGUAUGUGGGCCAGGUGGUGGAGGUCAUCGAGAAAAACGAGUCCGGUUGGUGGUUUGUUAGCACAGAGGAUGCUCAAGGUUGGGUUCCAGCCACAUGCCUGGAAGUUCAAGAUGAUCCAGAUGAUUUCUCACUUCCAGCAGAAGAAGAGGAAAAGUACACUGCAAUCUAUCCAUACUCUGCACGUGAUCAAGACGAAAUCGAUUUGGAGAGAGGCAUGACUGUUGAGGUCAUUCAGAAAAACUUGGAGGGCUGGUGGAAGAUCAGGUACCAAGGGAAAGAGGGCUGGGCCCCGGCAUCUUACCUGAAGAAGGCUGACAUUCUCAGCCAGAAGAUGGCAGCAGGUGCUCCAGUUCAUGCCAGCACUAAUGACCUAGACGUGGCUUGCAAACAGCAGAACGCUAACAAGGAAAACAAGGAGAAUCAACGUGACCGAUUUUCACCGUUUUCAGACAGCAAGCGAAAAGUAGGGGCACGACAGAGACCUCCACCACGCCGGGAUCUUACAAUACCACGAGGAGUAAACCUACCCAAACCUCCAGUGCCCCCACAGGUAGAGGAGGAGUAUUACACCAUAGCUGACUUCCAGACAACUAUCCCAGAUGGCAUUAGCUUCCAGGCAGGACUGAAAGUGGAAGUGAUCGAGAAGAACUCCAGUGGCUGGUGGUAUAUUCAGAUAGAUGAUAAAGAAGGCUGGGCUCCAGUCACAUUCAUUGAUAAAUACAAGAAGACUAGCAGUGCCUCUAGACCUAACUUCUUGGCCCCACUUCCUGGUGAGAUGGAACAGUUGAAGCUUGAAGAUACCACAAGCAAUAGUACCAACUCUGAACCUACUUGGUCCAAACCCCUGCCCGAUGAACCUUCAUCCAACUCUGAUCUUUCCACCCGUUCCAAACUGAGAGAAUGGAAGCCCAAUGCAACCAAAAGCAGCUCCCAUUUUUCUGGGCCCUUACCUCCACCUCCAUCCUCACCCACAGCUGAAGAGAAGCCAGCUUUACCACCAAGGAGAGAAUCCAUUAACAAGAGCCUUGAACUGGAGGACAAACCCAAAGCAGAGCUUUCUAAACCUCUCCCACCCAAACCACCAGUCCCAGGGGUCAUCGCUCCAUUGGUGACUCCAAAAACAGCUCCUCUGAAACCAGACAAACCCCCAGAAAUGAAGAAGGAUGAUAAGAACAAGCAGCUCUUCCUGCGCAAUGAGAUGGGCUUGGAGUGUGGCCACAACAUCUCAGCCAAGGAGGUGAAAAAGUUUAACCUGAAGCACGUGGCCAAACAGCCUCCCACCAAACCCAAACCAGAUUUACAAGAAGACAAGCCUGAAUCCCCCAACCCUGCCCCAUUCCUGAAGCCCAAACCAGUGAUCAGGCCAAAGCCUGCUCCUGCUGCCAAACCAGAGCCAGUAGCUAAGAACGAACUGGACAUCACAAACCUUCGGAGUAAACUCCGUCCAUCUAAACCUCCAGAGCUCAACUCAAGUGAUGCCAACCAACAGAACGAUACAUUAUCCAGCAGCCCACCAAACAACAGCAGAACAAAUGAAGAGCCAAAAUGCCCCCCAAAGCAACAAAAUGGCCAUGGCCCAUCAGAAACAACCAAACCACCAAAGGAGCCUCCCCAGAGGCCUUCUGUGGCACCUAGGAGACCUCCACCACCAAAGAAGAAUUCAGAGCCUGCCAGUCCCACAGAGACCAGAGCACCGCAGAAAGACUUGCCGGAAGCCAAACCAGCCCCCCCUCCACAGAGCAGACCCCCUCCACCCAAAACGAAAGCCUUCCCUCUGCCUGCUCCCAAAGACAAGGAGGAACCCAAACCCAAAGUACCCGUCCCACCAAAGCCCCUUGUUAAACCAGAUAAACCAGGGCCCCCGAGAGACAAACUCCCACCCCUGAUCAAGGAGCCAUCCAAAGAGGAGCUGUUCUUAGCCGUGGCGGACUUUGAAGGAGACGAGCAGACCCCUGGAUUUAAAGAAGGUGCCGUUUUUGAGGUUAUGGAGAGAAAUACUAGCGGAUGGUGGUUCUGUAAAAAUGUGAGCGAUGGGCCAGUGAUGGAGGGCUGGAUCCCUUCCAAUUACCUGACCAAGAAACCUUAGGUACUUGACACGGCUGCCUAGAGGAGACUUAUUUAAUUAACAUCUUUUAUUUAUGGGUACUUUUUUGAAAGGCAUUCCAUCCUUCGCAAGUCCAUAAUAAUUACUAGUUUGCUUGCUUUCGUAACUCUUCCCUUUUAGAGGAAAACCGCGUGUGCUUUCAUACGUUAGCACUGAACAUCACGUUACUUGCCCAUUCUUAUGUUAAUCAAUCCUUAUAUGUAUCGCUAAAGGUUUUAAGUGGCUAGCAAUAUAUAGAUGCCUUUUUUGCAGCCUCCAUGAUAUUGUGCCUCAGUAUAAUAUGCAAAGCGCUCUGUUCUUUUUUGCGUAGUAUAUGCAAAUAAGUCUAAGCAGUGUAUAUCAGCAGAUCGACUCUAGAUUAGAUUCUACAUUACAGAUCCCUCACAAGUCGCAAGUUUGACACAUCUUUUAGUUUCAGCAAAGUAUAAAUAGUGAUCAAAUUUGGUCUGCUUUUAGGUUCUGUUCACCAAACUCUUCUAAUCGUGACGCUUACUUAUCUACGUUCAUUUUAAAACGAAUACAACCGCCCUCCUCCCCUAUCCGCGGUUCAGUUUCACUUUCUUCCGUGUCUCCACAACCCUCUUCACUUUAGUCCGUGACACUCCUCCGCCAUCCAACGCCAUGACAUCCUCAACCCCUCCCCCACCGCUCUCCACUUUCGUACGCGAUACCUCUACAUCCUCGGGUAACACGCCUGAUCCGUUACCCCGAUCUGUUCCGGGACCUCGUCAUUCACAAAUUAAGC